AUGCCGUGUUUAGCCCCGGACCCACUUGGUGCACUACGUGUGGAGUUUUCCCAGCCUGUCAACCUGGAAGAAGUGGCACGAAUAAACCCAGAGGUCAAAGCAGGAGGUCGUUUUGCUCCAAAGGACUGUAUAGCACUUCAGAAAGUAGCAAUAAUCAUACCGUUCAGGAACCGAGAGGAGCACCUGAAGUACUGGCUCUAUUACCUGCACCCAAUUCUCCAAAGGCAGCAACUAGAUUAUGGAGUAUAUGUUAUCAACCAGGAUGGAGAAGAAGAAUUUAACCGUGCUAAACUGCUGAAUAUAGGAUUCGCAGAGGCUUUGAAAGAGUAUGACUAUGAUUGCUUUGUGUUUAGUGAUGUAGACCUCAUCCCAAUGGAUGACAGGAACACCUACAAAUGUUACAGCCAGCCACGGCACCUCUCUGUAUCCAUGGAUAAAUUCGGCUUUCGGUUGCCUUACAAUCAGUAUUUUGGAGGCGUGUCUGCUUUGAGCAAAGAACAGUUCAGAAAGAUCAACGGGUUCCCAAACAAUUACUGGGGCUGGGGUGGCGAAGAUGAUGACAUUUAUAACAGGUUUGACCGAAUUGCUCACACAAGGGAGACAAUGAGCUCUGACGGCUUAAAUACACUAUCCUACAAGGUGUUAAGAACUGACAAGUACCCUCUGUAUACAAAGAUCACAGUGGAUAUUGGCUCGCCAAAUAGCUAA